AUGGCAGCAGCAGGGCUGCCCUCCGGACCCAAAAAGCCAGAGGGGAGGACAGAGCGAGAAGCAGUGCUUCUUAAGGAGGAAUAUGUGGUGGUGGAGAUUAACGGUGAAUUUCGAGUUCAGGUAAGAGACUAUAACAGCAAAAAUGGCACCAUAAAAUGGCAUUCGAUAAGAAGGCAAAAGCGGGAAUGGAUCAAGUUUGCAGCAGCUUGUCGAGAAGGGGAAGAUAAUUCAAAGAGAAAUCCAAUUGCUAAAAUUCACUCAGACUGUGCCAAGGACCAACAAGUUACAUACCGCAUCUCUGGAGUGGGAAUUGAUCAGCCCCCUUUUGGAAUCUUUGUUGUUAAUCAAAAAACGGGUGAAAUUAAUAUAACAGCAAUAGUUGAUAGAGAGGUCACCCCAUUUUUCAUCAUCUAUUGCCGGGCUCUGAAUGCACAGGGUCAAGAUCUGGAAAGGCCUUUAGAGCUCAGAGUCAGAGUGCUGGAUAUAAAUGAUAAUCCUCCAGUGUUUUCAAUGACUGAAUUUGCAGGAAGUAUAGAAGAAAAUAGUUAUGCAAACACUCUGGUGAUGGUGUUAAAUGCUACUGAUGCUGAUGAACCAAAUAACCUGAAUUCAAAAAUCGCCUUCAAGAUCAUCAGUCAGGAGCCUGCAGAUUCACCAAUGUUUAUUUUGAACAGAUAUUCUGGAGAACUUCGAACCAUGAAUCCUUUUCUGGACCGAGAGAAAUAUGCUAUGUAUAGUCUUGUUGUAAGAGGCUCUGACCGGGAUGGAGCUUCAGAUGGACUAUCAGCACAAAGUGAUUGCAAAAUCACAAUUUUAGAUGUCAAUGAUAAUUUUCCAAGACUUGAAUUGUCCAGUAACGUAAUAAGUAUCCAAGAGAAUAUGGUUAGCCAGGAAGUGACUCGGUUCAGAGUAAUUGACUUGGAUCAAGAAGGAACAGACAAUUGGUUGGCACUCUUCUUCUUUAUAUCGGGAAAUGAAGGAAACUGGUUUGAAAUAGUAACAGAUGAAAUCACUAAUGAGGGAAUUUUCCGAGUUAUUAAGCCUCUUAAUUAUGAAGAAAUGCAGAGCAUACAGCUUAGCAUUGGUGUUAGAAACAAAGCUGAAUUCCAUCAUUCGGUUAUGUCUCAAUAUAAAAUGGAAGCAACCAUCAUCACAAUAUCAGUUGAAAAUGUAAUUGAAGGAUCAGUAUUUGCUCCAGCUUCUAAUACUUACAUCAUAACUAGGGAUAUGGGGAAAAAUCAGGUCAUUGGAGAAAUGGUAGCAAUUGAUCUGGACACAGGAGGACCUUCAAAGACAGUCAGAUAUGUAAUUGGAAUGAAUCCUGGUGAUUUGCUAGCAGUUAACGAAAGAACUGGCCAACUUAUCCUGAAAAAUGUAAUAACCAGAGAAGUAUAUCAAAGGCUCAAUGGACACUAUGAAGGAACUAUUCUAUCCAUAGAUGAUACCCUCCAAAGAACUUGUACUGGCACCAUUAUUCUUGAUCUGACAGAGCUGGGAGGUGGUGUCACAGAACCGAUCAAUGGUGGUGGUGGAACUGGCACUAGUGAUGGCUCUAACACCAAUUCUUUUGGCCCUGGAACCAAUGGUGGUUCUAAUACCGGCAUGCCCCGGGAACCUGUCUCAGAAAACCCUGAGGAAAACGGGAACACCCAUACCGAUUAUCCUUUGACUUAUAAUACUGUAGAUUACAAUCCACCCAGACCGCCUUUUGGAGAUAAUAUACAUCUUGGUCCUGCUGGCAUUGGGCUGCUUGUCAUGGGAUUCUUGGUGCUUGGGUUGGUCCCAUUUUUGUUGAUGGCAUGUGACUGUGGGGGAGCCAGUGGUGUGGGAGGAGGCUUUGAACCUGUUCCAGAGUGUUCAGAAGGUGCAAUACAUACCUGGGCAGUAGAGGGACCCCAACCUGAUAAAGCAUAUGCCUAUGCUGAUGAAGAUGAAUGUAGACCAUCAAAUGAUUGUUUACUUAUCUAUGAUAUUGAAGGGGUUGGCUCUUCUGCUGGCUCCAUUGGCUGUUGUAGUUUCAUUGGAGAAGAUGAGGAUGACAGCUACUUAGACACCUUGGGGCCGAAAUUUAAGAAAUUGGCAGAUAUCAGCCUGGGAAAAGAAGUUGAUUCCUAUCCAGAUGUUGAUCACACUUGGCCACCAGAGAACACCGAACCCAGUUGUCCUCCCCAGGGAAAUGAUAUUGGACACCCACCAAUGUCUCCGCAUUUUAGUACCACCAAAGUUGUUUCGGAGAGCACCUAUCCCUCUGGGCCUGGUGUUCAUCAUCCUAUGCCUAUAACUGAUCCUCUGGGUUAUGGAAAUGUUACAGUGACUGAGUCAUAUACCACCACUGGGUCCCUGCAGCCCACGGUACAUAUUCAUGAUCCCCGGCAUGGCUCCAAUGUUGUGGUAACAGAGAGGGUGGUAGGACCCAUCUCUGGUUCAGAUCUCCACGGAAUGUUAGAUCUAACUGAUUUCAGAGAAGGGUCCAAUGUUGUAGUGACAGAGAGGGUAAUUGCACCAAAUUCAAGACUACCUACCUCCCUGAGUAUCCCUGACCCCAGAGAUACAUCAAAUGUGGUAGUGACUGAAAGAGUAAUUAGACCAACUUCUGGCCUAAUGGGCAAUCUAAGUAUUCAUCCUGACUUAUCCAAUGCCCAUAAUGUGGUUGUUACAGAGAGAGUUGUCUCUGGCAGUGGAGUAACUGGGAUUAGUGGUGGUGGUGUUAGUGGUAUGGUUGGCAGCAAUGUGAGCAGAAGUGCCAUUAGCAUGAGUGGGGCAGGUGUUAGCAUGAAUGGAGGUGGAAUAGGCUUGAGUGGAUCUGGCAUAAGUGGGGGUGGCAUUGAAAUGAGCAGCCUGGGAGGUGGGGGAGGUGGCUUGAGCAUAGGUCUGAACAGCAGUGGCCUGAGUGGCAGUUCUACACUUGGCCAUGUGAGGAAUUCUGAUCAUUUUAACCAGACCAUUGGAUCAGCCUCCCCUAGUACAACUCGAAGCCGGAUCACAAAGUACAGUACCCUACAAUAUUCUAAGUAG